AUGCUGAUGCAAAGACUGCCAGCUUACAGAGCACAAUGCUGUGUUACGCCAUUGGCGGUGGCCGCGGAGCAAAUGUGUUUCUUUCCUGAGCUUCGACAACAAUAUUCCAAACUGCUUGAACGUUACCAUUGCAUGGUAACUAAUAAUAGGCGUAUAUGGGCAUUGGCGGAGCCAAAACAUCAAACUGGAAAAUAUCGGGCGCCUUGUUUUUGUCCAGAAAUUGGAAAUCGUAAAGUAGAAAUUGUGCGUGAAGAUACUCCAUCACGUACGCGUACUGAGCAAUUGUCUUUUCCGGCGGUGACGCGCCUUAUGGAUCUAAAAGCGAGUGACUACUUCAAAGGUUUUAGCAAUCAGCGUAAAUGCAUCGUCAAUAGAAUGCUACGCAAGAGUAUGCUAUCCUUGUAUAGUCGCUUAUCGAACAAACAGUCACAACCAAAGAAAGAGGAAUCUAAAAAACUAACUGUAGCCGAAAAAAUAGAAAGGCAAGAACGCAUGAAAAGGCUAGCAAAACCCAAGCCGGAUAGGAGCAAACCAGAAGAGAAGAAGGAUAGGUCGAAAAAAGAAAAGGGGAAACCAGUGAAACAACAAAUACAAACGAAGGGGUUUGGAUUUAUGGGAAAGGAUAAGGGAUCACCUUCGCGGCGUUAUAAAAAAUUGGCGACACCAAAGCAAUACGAAUACGAUGAACCCAAAGAAUGGGCACUUACAAAUAAUAUGAAAUUUUACACACCUUCGGAGAGGAUUUUAAAUAUUUCAAAGCCGCGUAUUUAUAAAGCCUUUGACGACGCGGAAGAGGCAUUUCGAGUUAAGGAAAGUGCGCUUAGCUACCAUGCCUCUGAACGUAUUAAAGAACUGGCUUUGCCACCAAUUUAUCAUCAAUAUAAGCCAGAAGUGAAGGAGGAUCCAUUUAAGAUAAAUCCAAAUGCACUUAAAGCAAAAACAUCACAAAGAAUAAUUGAGCUAGCGGAGCCAAAGGAGUUCUUUGAUAAACACACCCGUCCUGAUGCCUACCGGGUAUCACCAAGAGCGCUCCGAGCUAGAAUAACGCCCCGCCUGAGGGAAUUGGCUAAACCGAAAGCCUACGCAGUUGGCUAUUAUCGGAGUUAAUUUGUUUUUAAAUGAAAGUGUGAAUCUAUGUUUGCCAAGUGUUUGAGAUAAAUUUUAAGUUUACACUUUUAUUAAAUAAAAACAGUUAAA